AUGUCUUAUGAUGAGAUGCUUACUGCUGCGAAGAAAGCUGUUUCUCUCGCUGCUCGUCUCAGCAACGAAGUGAGGAAAUCUCUGUUGGUAACUGACGUCUGGAAUAAAUCUGAUGAGAGUCCUGUUACUGUUGCUGAUUAUGGCUCGCAGGCGGUGGUUAGCCUUGUGCUGGAAAGGGAACUCCAGAAAGAACCUGUGUCAUUAGUGGCUGAAGAGGAUUCUGGUGAGCUAAGGAAGGUUGCUAAUGAGAAUGUUUUGGCGCGUAUUACGGAGCUUGUGAAAGAUACUCUUGAUACUGAUGAAUCAUAUGCUGCUUCUCCUUUGUCCUCGGACGAUGUGCUCAACGCCAUUGACCGUGGCAAAUCAGAAGGAGGUCCUCAUGGUCGCCAUUGGAUCUUGGAUCCUAUAGGUGGCACUAGAGGAUUUAUAAGAGGAGAACAAUAUGCAAUAGGAUUAGCAUUGUUGGUGGAAGGCAAAGUAGUACUUGGUGUAAUGGCUUGUCCCAAGCUUCCUUUGGCAUCCACUAAUGGUAACACACUCAAGUCUACAACUGAAAAUGUCGGUUGCCUUUUCUAUGGCGCGGUUGGCACUGGGACUUAUGUUCAGUCACUCCAUGUUGACUCUCCUCCUGUCAAGGUGGAGGUAAGCAGCGUUGAUGAUCCAGCGAAAGCGAGCUUCUUCGAAUCAUACCACACACCUGUCCCCAUCCAUAACACCAUUGCUACGAAACUGGGCAUAAAGGAAUCGCCGAUCAAGAUCAACAGUCAGACAAAGUAUGCAGCUUUAUCUAGAGGAGAUGGAGAAGUGUACUUGAGGUUUACCCGCAAACCAAGACCCGAAUCAAUAUGGAACCAUGCCGCUGGAUAUAUCCUUGUUUCAGAAGCGGGAGGGAAAGUGACUGAUGCAGCGGGGAAUCCAUUGGACUUUUCGAAAGGGAAGUAUCUUGAUUACAAGAGAGGAAUUGUCGUUACGACGGAGAAGCUGUUGCCAAGGCUUUUGAAAGCAGUAAAAGAAUCGAUUAGAGAAGAAGAAGAGGAAGAACAAAAAGCUGCGUCUCUGAAACUUCACUAA